AUGCCAGGGAUAGCAUCUGCUGCUGCGGCGGCGGCCGCAGCAACAAAUGAUCAUCAGUUUGGAAAUGGAACGGUGUCGUUCUGGUCAAAGCAUCGUGAUGAUGUUGUUAGCUUUAAUCAGCUCCAGAAGUUUUGGAGUGAGCUGUCCCCACAAGCACGGCAGAAACUCUUAAAGAUUGACAAGCAGAUGCUUUUCGAGCAGGCCCGUAAAAACAUGUAUUGUUCUCGAUGUAAUGGGUUGCUCCUGGAAGGUUUCUUGCAGAUUGUCAUGUAUGGAAAGUCUUUGCAGCAAGAGGGAGGAAUAGGUAGUCAUAGUUACCAUCCUUGCGAUAGAUUAGGAACUCUGAAAAGUCAUCAAAUUGAUGGCGAGUUUUGCUCAGAUGGAUGUGAAGGUGAUAUUCAAGAUCCAUCUGUCCAUCCUUGGGGAGGUCUGACUACUACCAGAGAAGGGAUGCUCACUCUUUUGGACUGUUACCUGUUCUCAAAAUCUCUGAAGGGCCUCCAGAAUGUGUUUGACAGUGCAAGAGCCCGGGAACGGGAGAGAGAAUUGCUUUACCCUGAUGCGUGCGGUGGUGGAGGUCGAGGAUGGAUAAGCCAAGGAAUGAUUGGAUACGGUAGAAGUCAUGGAACGAGAGAAACGUGUGCCCUCCAUACUGCCAGACUUUCUGUCGACACAUUAGUAGAUUUUUGGUCAGCCCUAGGAGAAGAAACUCGGCUAUCUUUGUUAAGAAUGAAGGAAGAAGAUUUUAUUGAGAGGCUUAUGUACAGGUUUGAUAGCAAGAGGUUUUGCAGAGAUUGCAGAAGGAAUGUGAUACGUGAGUUUAAGGAGCUCAAGGAACUCAAAAGAAUGAGAAGGGAACCUCGUUGCACCAGUUGGUUUUGUGUAGCAGAUUCAGCCUUUCAAUAUGAGGUCUCUCAUGACUCAGUGCAAGCUGAUUGGCAUCAAACGUUUGUAGAUACUUUCGGCACAUAUCAUCACUUUGAAUGGGCAGUCGGAAGUGGUGAAGGGAAAUCGGAUAUUUUAGACUUUGAAAACGUUGGGUUAAGUGGAAGAGUUCAAGUAAAAGGUCUGGACUUAAGUGGUCUAAAUUCAUGUUAUAUUACCCUCCGGGCUUGGAAAAUGGAUGGCCGCUGUACUGAACUUUCCGUAAAAGCACAUGCUUUGAAGGGGCAACAUUGUGUUCACUGUAGACUUGUGGUUGGUGAUGGUUUCGUUACAAUUACGAGGGGGGAAAGCAUUAGAAGGUUCUUUGAACAUGCUGAAGAGGCAGAGGAAGAAGAGGAUGAUGAUUCCAUGGACAAGGAUGGAAAUGACCUUGAUGGUGAAUGUACCCGUCCUCAGAAACAUGCGAAGAGUCCUGAACUUGCUCGAGAGUUCCUCCUGGAUGCUGCAACUGUUGAAAAGGCAUUCAGGGAAGGAACAGCACGACAAAAUGCUCACAGCAUUUUCGUAUGUCUUGCUCUGAAGUUGUUAGAGGAUCGUGUGCAUGUUGCAUGCAAGGAAAUCAUCACUCUAGAAAAACAGAUGAAACUUCUUGAGGAAGAGGAGAAAGAGAAACGUGAAGAAGAGGAACGCAAGGAACGAAGGAGAACAAAAGAGAGGGAAAAAAAGCUUAGAAGAAAGGAGAGAUUGAGAGAGAAAGAAAAGAAGUUUUCCGAAUCAUCAAACAAGCAAGCUGAAGUUCCUGAAAUUUCAGAUCAGCAGGUACCGACUAUUGCUGCCGAUGAGGAGGAAUCCGACGGUGUCACCUGUAAUGUUGCUGACUCUGUCAGCGAAACAGGGGAGGCCGGAAUUCAUUCUGGUGGGUCUGGGUCCUCGUCCUCAUCCCCUGAUAUUCAAGAUGAGCAACAAUUUUUGGAUGAGGAGUUCAUCGCUUCAGACUUGCAAAACCACCAUUAUGCUGAUAGUUUUGAAGUGGAAUUCGGAAACACAAAUGAUGAUGGGACAAGAAGCCCAUUGCCUUUUGAUCACUCGAAAUAUUCACGACAUAAGCAGCAAAAGUUCCGUAGUAAAGAGUUUCUGCAGGGCGGUGCUUACUCAAAAUGGUUUGAUAGACGGAGAUAUAAUGUUGUUGCCUCAGAGAAUGGGAGUAUGGUUGGCAAAUAUGAACCAAGACAACAAUCAAGAAACACUGCUUCAAAAUCUAAUGUUAGAAAUGUUGGCUUCAAUUAUGGUGAGAGGUUUUCUUGUCCCAGCAAUCGGAUCCAUGACAGGCAUGACUCUCAUGGAUGCAGCUGUAAUCAAUAUAGUGACUAUCGACCAAAAGCUGAGCAACCUUUAUCUAGAGUAGUCAGGGAGAAUAAAGCUGUGUUCAAGUCAGAAUCAACUUCAGACAUGUCUAAAUCCUACCACCACCGUGUGAACCACUUCCAAGUUGAAUUCAUUCGUGAGAAUUGUGGUAGAUCAAAAAGUAAGCCUGUCAAUGCAAUCAAUCACACCAAGAAAGUCUGGGAGCCGCUGGAUUCGCAGAAGAAGUACUACACCCGUAGUAAUUCGGAUUCGGAUGUUACAUUGAGAAGUUCAACGACAACUUCCAAAGGUGAAGAAGCAUCGGAAUUUGUUGAGUGUUCUGAAUCUUCUCUAGCUAGCAGUUCCGAUGAAGUUAUUGGCGUUCAACUGACUCACGAUGAGAAGGAAAAAACUCAUGAAUAUAAGAUUGUAACAGAUGGGACGUUAGAUUUAUCAACGAUAAGCAGUUCAUCUAAUUCUGAUAACUGCUCAUCGUGCCUUAGUGAAGGGGACAGCAGUAAUACAUCAUCAUCUUUGAAUCAUCCGCAGAACACUGAAUCUUCUUCAUCGUCAUCAGAUUCUGAAGAUGCUAGCCAAAACUCAGAAGGAAGAGAGAUCACUUCAGUCAGCCUUUCAAAUGGCUUGAAAAAUGUAUGUCAAAGUCAAGAAGUCGAAAUAGCAAAAGGCGAGACUACAAGCCAGACAGUCAUCAAUGGUGCCGGCGGUUUGAAUAACGCCUGUGGGAGUUUGCCAUUGCCUUCAAAAGGUGGCCCUAAUGUCUGCGUGAAUGCUGUUCAGCAGCAAGGUCAUCAGCCUCUGCCUCAUCAUCCGCAAUUGCAGCACAAUCAGGGUGUACAAUAUUCAUUUAUUCAUCAGUCUUCUCCAAUGGGUUAUUACCAUCAUCACCAGAGUCCUCUCCCUUGGCCGGCUGCUGCUCCUCCUAAUGGGUUCAUGGCGUUUCCCAAUGCGAAUCAGUAUGUUUUUGCGAACCCUUAUGGGUAUGGCUUGAAUGGAAAUACUGCACAUUUUAUGCAGUAUCCUCCUCCUGCGUUGCUUAAUCGUAAUCAUGUGCCAGUUUACCAGCCUAUUGCUCAAAGCAAUGGUAUCAUUAAUGGAAAAGAUCUGUCCAAGAUCUCUAAUCUGGUACAAAGGGAUCCCGGGCUUGCGCUGAAGCCUAUGGAUAUACCUGCAACAGCCGAAAAAAGUCAGCAAAUGCCGAAGGCGGCUGAGAAAUCUGAAGUUGGAGGAAACACAGGUUUUUCCCUUUUCCAUUUUGGUGGCCCUGUGGAUCUUUCAACUGGAUUGAAAUCUGAAACACCAGCUGCGUUGAAGGACGAAGUUGGCGGGAAGUUAUCUUCAAAAUUAUCAGCUGAUCAUAAUAAUGAAGGUGGCGAUCAAAAUUGCGAUACAAAAAGUUCUAUUGAAGAGUAUAACUUAUUUGCUGCAAGUAAUGGGAUAAAGUUUUCUUUCUUCUGA